AUGCAGGAAGUAAACAUGAACCAAAAACUGAAGGAUACAAACCUCCCAUUUACCGCUGCAGUAACCUGUCUUCGAAAGUACAUCACUUUUACGUGUUUAAUGCAUUUGAUGACAAUGAUCACUACGACCUGUGUAGCAUAUUUCGUACUCGGUGCAGUUCCCGUGUCACUGUUAUUCGUUAUUACGAAACUUAGAGAGAAAUUUCCAUAUAAUGAAUUACUGAUCUCACUUUCGGUCUUAUUAUGGUCUUUCGCAUUACCUGCUGUCACCAAAUCCAUGGGAUUAUCAAUUUUUGCACCAUGGACUAUUACAAUCAUCCUAGCUGUGGUGACACUGUUGUUUGGAUACAGAACUGAGAAACGGAGUACGAAAGUGAGCAUCACACUAUUGGGCGUCGCUGGUGGAAUCACAGUUCUGGGUAUCACUGUAUUAAUUGCUUUCAGAAUUACCGGGCGUGAAGUAACUGCAGUUAUUCUGUCCGGCAUAAUUUUGGCUAUCGCUGUACUCCUAGUGUUAUAUCUAACUGGACAAGGUAUAAAGCGGUGCAACAAUGAGACAACGAAGACCCUUCUAUCGAUGUGGUUAGCUCUGAUUACUUGGGUAGGGAGUGUUUAUUUAUUCAUAUCCAUAGCUGUGAUGUUUAUAGAAGGCAGGACGGCGACACAUCAUCAACAAAAGAAUCAUGUCCUCCUCCUUUGAAACAGCAUGGUGCUUUAUGCAUGGAAAACAUUCACCUGUUUAUCUCUUUUGUUGGUUCAGUUGUCAAAAUGAAUCAUAUUUGAAAUAAAUUCUGGAGUGAUGUAUUUUGUGUUUACUAAUAACGGAUGAAGCGAUUCUACUCAUGU